AUGAAUCGAUCUUCUGAUGCUGAGUGGAACCCGGCAUCAUUCAAUUCACCAGAUUUGAGUCCAGAGACCGAGAUCUCCGCGGCCCGAUUGGUAGAGGACGAUGUAUCACCAAGCACGCUCCCGGGCUUCGGCACAUCACCUUUCGUGGGAAGCGGACAACCCCCGGAGACAGCAGAUGAAAAAGCCGUCUAUAUGCGUAUCAUAAACGACAUGGAACAGGAGUGCGGCUCUGACGACGAUGAGGAAGCCUGUUCGGCGAAUAAUCUGCUCCCCCCUAGUGCCAUUUCGGGCGCCAACGCUGAUAACAGCGACGGAAAAGGUGCUGGUGCCUCCGGAAUUGUUGGUGGAUUCACCGUCGAAGAGUCUCAUGGACUGUCAUCCCGCGGUUACGUGCCGCCACCGGUUUAUGGCUCUUCUCCCCAGCCCGCGAAUAGUCCUUACAGCUACACCACUACACCACACAAUGGCCAUCCGCCGCCAUCGUUUGCUGUGGCCAUUGCCACAACGCCACCGCUCUCUGGCAUGCCUGUUGACAUGUCACCGCUCGGCUCGCGUUUUGCUCCCCAGAUGCCGGCAGCUCAACACGAUCCCAUUCUCGUCCGCAACCAAUACGGUGUGUUUAUGCUACAGCCUGUUACCAAACCGACCCCGCCGUACACUCCGCCCGUGGCUGUUACCACACCCAUGACACCCAUGACGGGUUGUGCUUUACCACCGGCUACGCUGCCGCCCCUCUGCACAGCUGUUCAGCAGGCAGGCGAAGAUUUGGGCGCUGCAACGAAGGUGCCUGGUGCGUACAACACCCCAUUAGCAAGUGGUGCUGGUGUCGGUGGGAGCCACAUUCUGAGCUGUGGCGUAGCUGGAGUCGCUGGUACAGAAGGUGUGCGCGGAGGCGGUACGUACACCUUCAUGAGUGCGUGCAUGAAGUCACCGGCGGCUCCAGUCCACGUCCAGCCGCCCCCACCUUACCCUUACGAGGAUGCUGUUGAGUCUAAUUAUCAAAGGAACAGGGGAAAGUAA